GGAGCUGCGGAAACAGCUAGAUCCGCUUGAAUUAUCCGAUAAAGCGUAAGUAGAACCUGGAGUUUUGUUUUCUCGUCAAUCGUGUUGAUGUGUGAGCUGUUUCUUUUCUGUUUGUUUAUUUGUUCAUAGAACUUUGAUCUUAAUACUGGAUGAAAUGUUUCUUUUCUAGAUUUAUGCAAAAUUUUCGACUCCCGAAGAGCCUGUUCGAGGAAAUUCUUGCAAAAAUAGCCCCAUUCAUUGCUCCAAAACAUAACCGUGGUUUAUCUGCGGAACAAAAACUGGCUACUGUGUUAAGGUUUUUUGCACAAGGAUCUUACCGACAGGGUGUUGGUAACGAUUUUACCAUGACAAUUGGCCAAUCUACUUUUUCAGAAACGUUAGAUCAAACCUUAACAGUUCUGGAACGUGAACUAACGUACGCAAUUGCCAUGGAUCUAACAGAAGACGAGAGAGCAGAUGCCAGAAGAUACUUUUACUCGAAAUUACCUGUUCCUGGUGUAGUAAUGUGCAUCGAUGGAACCCAUAUAAGAAUCGCUGCGCCUCACGACAACUCAAUCUAUUAUUUCAAUAGAAAGGGAUUUUAUAGUCUUAACGCUUUGAUGAUAUGUGACCACAGGCAAAUAAUCCGUUUUGUAGACGCGAGGUUUGGCGGCUCAGAUCACGAUUCUUACAUUUAUAAUUCCAGUCCGAUUUCUUCAUAUUUUGAAGAAAAAUGGAGAAAUGGAGACCGAAUGUUUAAACUCUUGGGAGACUCAGCUUAUCCUUCGAAACCUUGGCUUAUCAAGCCGCGCAGAAAUGCAGAGCCAAAUAGUCCAGAUUCGUUGUUCAAUGAACAGCAUGCCAAAGCACGUUCCAUCAUUGAAAGAACGUUUGGUUUGCUCAAAGCACGAUUUCGCUGCUUGAAUGGUGAAAGGCUACUACAUUAUGCACCGAACAAAUGUGUUCGUAUCAUAAACGUUUGUUGCAUGUUCCACAACCUUCUCAUCAUGCAUGGUAUUACCGACGAAUUUAAUGAAUAAUGAUGAACCUCAAUUAAGCUACCCAGAAUAAAAAGAAUUCAGCGCACA